AGUCAGAUAUUUUUUACGGCAAAGAUGGCGUUCUUUGUAUUGUGAAGUCCAGGAGCUAUACACAAAUACUUUUUUAAAUUGAAAACGAAAAAAAUGUAGGUGAACCUCAAAAUUAUUAUUUUUUUCAUGUAUAAGCUAUCGCAAACGUACAUCUUCGUUACCAGGCUUUUUAAGAUCUGUCUUAAUUUAUUUCGAAAUGAAUGGCAUCGCGAGCUUGCAGCUAGCGUCCAAAAGCUAAAUGAUAUGAGAAUAAAGUCAGACUGAAUGGUAUCCUGAAACAAAAAAAGCCCAAAUAGUUGUGUACCGUUUAAUAAGCGUACGGGUCGUUUCUUCCAGGAUGAAGGUGGUCAAUCUGAAGCAAGCCAUCCUGCAGGCAUGGAAAGAGCGCUGGAGUGAUUAUCAAUGGGCCAUCAACAUUAAGAAAAACUUCCCAAAAGGAGCAACAUGGGACUACCUGAACCUUGCAGGUUAGAGGUGCAGAUCCUCUGGCUAAAUAGCAGUAGUGAUGCUGCUUUAUGUUGGAUCAUGAGUGUAAAUUCUGUCUUAUAUUCCAGAGGCCCUGAUGGAGCAGGCGAUGAUUGGUCCCUCCCCAAACCCUCUUAUUCUGUCUUACCUGAAAUAUGCCAUAAGUUCUCAGGUGAGAGUCAAGUCACUAGUUGGUAAAUUAAUAUGACUGUGCAACAAGUUUUCUUUUUGCCAGAUGUGAACAGUGCAUUUUUUUUCCUCAGAUGGUGUCUUAUUCUAGUGUCCUGGCAGCUAUCAGCAAGGUAACUUCUCCUUGAUCAUAGUUACGCCCUCAUUUGUAUGAUUUAAAAUGAAAGGUUCUCAUGGUUAUGUCUCUUUUCUGGUAGUUUGAUGAUUUCUCCAGGGAGCUGUGCGUCAAAUCCCUGUUAGAGAUCAUGGACAUGUUUUGCCAUCGUCUCAGGUAUAUGAAAUAAUCCAUGACAGUGUUUUUCCUCUCUUGAAAAAAACUGAAUGCAAAGGCUGUUGCUAUUUUAUAGCCUUACACAGUUGUCAUCCUUACUCUGGUAACAUAUCCUCGUGUUGUUAGACCAACCCAUUAAUCAGUGAAAAUGAAUAUGAGCUGGCUGAUAGGUCUGGCAACACUAGGCUACAAAUAACAUGUAUCAUGACCAGAACGCUACCACACAGGCACUGGCUGUUGUCACUUUUGGACAAAGCUGAUCAGUGUUACUGAUCACUUAAUAACAAGAAUAGCCUUGUUCUGCCUGUUAAUCGUUGAGUGACACAUUUACAUCUUAUUUAUCACUUUUGAAGAACGGUCAACAGCAAAGCUGCAUAUCUCUAACUCUGUAGUGAGCUAAGAUCUAGUCAGUUUGAUCAUUCUAUGUUUACCUUUGCCCAAGGGGUUGCGCUAUUAACAAAAUGUGAGUUUAUAAGAAAGGGCCUAACAUUUUUCCCAUAUAAACUUUAUCUGCUUCUUCUCUCCUUCCAAAGCUGUCACGGAAAAGCAGAAGAAUGCAUUGGGCUGUGUCGAGCCCUGCUGGGAGUGGUUGUUUGGCUGUUGCAGGGCUGUGCCUGGUACUGUGAGAAGCUGAGAGAACUUGGUCCGUCAGCCAGCACUGAGGCUAGUUUGAGGGCCUGCCAGGAGAGGCUUCAAAAUCUGAUGAAUAGUAACAAGAACAGAGCGCUGGUCCACAUCGCAAGGCUGGAAGAACAAGGUGCUUGUUUGCUAGCAUGCUAGAGUGAAAAUAAUGUCACAAACAAUGAUUAUUGUAAAAGCACUACUCUGGUUUCUUUUCUGUAUAAUCUAAUUUACAAUAGCUGGUUCCUGAAUUGAAAAAAAAGUUAUUCUGCAUGAUUGUUAUUCUGCACAUCUUAUGGUUUCUCCCUUCCCCUAGGUUCUUGGAGCAAUGUAGAGCAGUCAAUGCUGAAAGUCACAGAGGGCCUGAGCUGCAUAUCCAACCAGACACUGAGAACUAAUUUAGAGGAGAGCUUGGCUUUAGUAAAAGGGUGAAGAUUAACAUCUCAUUCAUCAACAUUCAGCACAUAGUGCCUUCACUGCAGCCUACAUUUAAAGGAGCCUGUUUGAAAGGACAUCAUAAUUCAUUUCCUUCCUCUCUAUCUACAGUAUUCCCUCGAUGCUAUCAGUGCAGUGCGACCCGCAGCUCCAUUCCUCUUUCCCAUCCAUUCAUGCCUUAAUUAUGCUGGAAGGGACCAUGAACCUGACAGGAGAGACACAGCCACUGGUGGAGCAGCUGAUGAUGAUUAAGAGAAUGCAGGUGAAUAUUUAGUUGCAGUUCAAUAAAGUGCUUAAUCUUCCUAAAAAACUAUUUUGAAACUGAGUUUGGAAACUUACAUUUAAGAAAAGUGCCCAUAAAGUCUUUAAACAAUUAAAGUCUGUUGAUGGUAAGUAAACUAUUCACUAUAGGGGUAUCAUACAGGUGACUAGGAAAAAAAACUACAUAUAUUGGGUGCACUGACUGACUAUAAAGCUUUAUUUUAGUUGUUUGUAUUUAGUUUUUAUGCAGGGCUUCGGUUUAAUUGUCUGUCCCCAACAGCAAAUACCUGCUCCUCUGUUUGUCCUGGAGAUUUGGAAAGCCUGCUUCACUGGCCUGAUUGAGUCACCAGAGGGCACAGAGGAGCUUAAAUGGACUGCCUUCACAUUCCUCAAAGUAAGAUUUAUUUCAAAGAUGACGAACGCUCCUCCCUCCUGCUUGUGAGCUCCCUUGGUCUUUGUUUGGCUUAACUGUUUCUUUUCCAUAACGUGUUAAAUAUAGGUAACAGCUGUUGUUGAGCAAAGUUCAAGCUCAUUCUCGCUCUUCUUCACAGGUUUAUACUGUAUUAUAUGAUUGAAUUUCUACUCCUUAAGUUUGUUUCUCUUUGCUUUUUCUUAAUACAUACAGCUGUCAGUGUAUUAUAUGAUAGAGUGAGGUUUUAGGAUGGUAUUACUGCAGCUCAAACAUGCUGAAUGAUUUGCUUUUCUUGCAUCUUUUCCCCAGAUUCCACAAGUUCUUCUGCGACUAAAAAAGUAUCCUCAGGGUGACAAAGGACAGGUGAAACAUUUGAUCUCAUGAUCUCUAUUUUUACCGAAUGGAAAUAAAUGAAAAAGCAUAGAUGUUGGUGUUUAAAAGGUCAUUCCCUUCACUUUUUUCAAAUGUUUUUUUUUUUUCCCCAGGAUUUCAUGGACGAUGUAAACAUUGCAUUUCAGUACUUACUCAAGCUUACACCACUUCUGGACAAAGCUGAUCAGAGAUGCAAGUAAGAAUCCUAUUAUCACUCAGACAUUCAGCGCAAGAAAAAAAAAAAAGGCAAAAUCCCCAUCCCAACCAGCCCCAUGACUCAUGUAAUUUCCUUCUGCUUCUUCACAAAGCUGUGACUGUCUUGGCAUGCUCCUCCAGGAGUGUAACAAGCUUGGUCUGCUGUCAGAUUCAAACACAGCCAGCCUCACUUCAAAACGGUACGGGUUCCAAUUUCUCAGUAAACAAACACUGAAGGAGAACGUUUGAGGGAAAGCACUGUCACAAAAAUUAAGACCAACCAAUCAAACCCAGCUUUUGUUAUUUAAAUGAUUCAUCCAUGCGUUUUUGUUCACCAUAUUCACACAAUACACUGCAUCCCUGCACCCCUUGUCCCCGUUCUUGCUUUCUUUCUCUCUCUCUCUUCUGUCUCCCCCUUUCUUUCCCUCCCCCUCUGCACUUUUGAUUCAGGACUGAGGACAGGGAGUUUGCCCCAAGGCAAAAGACAGCUGAAAAUGCAAACAUCCAGCCAAACCCAGGCCUCAUCCUGAGAGCUGAGCCCACUGUCACCAACAUUCUUAAGGUAGAGCACCUGAUCCAACCUGGACAAAGUAUUCAUUAACUGUCAGGUUAUCUUCGUCUCAAGUAGUGGUCGAAGUAGAGUAGGUGUUGUUACGUCUGGAAAAAAUAGAAGAAAUCUGUGACCAUUUAGUCAGUCAUUUAAAAAAAUCAACUUUAAUUCAAAUGAAAUGUACUGAUGUUUCUGAUCUAAGAGGAAACAUCUGUUGGCUGUAUAGAAAAAUAGACAGCACAUCUCCACCUCCUCUAGCUGCUCUAAAUAAAAUCAAAAUACCUUCGAUGGUGUUGGUGAGGACAUUUUCGGAGCCACAGUCAGUCAGAAUUCCUGUGAGGAGGUUUUUGAUGUUUGUAAGAGUAACUGAAUUUCAUACUGAUGACUUUUUCAGAUAUACAAAAGCAGAAAAAACAAUCAGCAACAAGACAGACAUUUUUUAUACUGUAGUAUUUAAUGCAUAACAGUGGUGCAAGGGGGUAGGUGUCAGCCAAGCAGCUGAAGAAACAGCUCUGUUUUUACAGUUUCAUCUUGAAAUAUCGACAAUAAAUGACACAUUUGACCAUUUAAAGUCGGCAGAAUGAGAUUUUUGGUCACUACUUGAGCACGUGGAGGGUGAGAUAACAAAAGGUUGCUCUGUCUACAGAAAGUGCCAAAAUCGACACAGACUGAAAGUUCCUCACAGGAUCUUUAAGUAAGGAUUGGCUGGUUGAGCCUCAAAAUUGGCACCCCUCAUGUUGGCCAAAACAUGUUUAACUCACUAGUUAAACUGCAAAGAUUUCUCAGGUCUGACCAGUCCACUGCAGAACAGCUUCUUUUGUAUUUAAAUUAGACUCUCAACGUUAAGGAGUAUUCUUUCAUUUGUCAGGAGUAGGCUUUCUGGCCUAUGUGUUCGUUGAGCAGGUGGAGCCUCAAAUGUUUUGACUUAACUUAUGGAGAGCUGUAAUUUUCCUUUUUUUAGUGUGCAGUAAUAAUAAGAAAAUUCUAGAAGUAAAAGAAUUGUGAUUAAAAACGGUUCGCAAUGAUGACAGCAAACUUUUUUUAGAAGAAAUAUACACAUGACUCUUUUUAUUCUCAUUUGAUAGACAGUUGAUGCAGACCACUCUAAGUCUCCUGAGGGACUUUUGGGAGUCCUGGGUCACAUGUUGUCCGGAAAGAGUCUGGAUCUGCUUUUGGCAGCAGCAGCAGCCACUGGGAAACUCAAAUCCUUUGCCCGGAAGUUUAUCAAGUAAGUAAAUCACUAAAGUCAUCAUCCAUGAUAGGCAUAUUUGAAAAGGUUGACAGAUUAAAGAGCUGUGAUUCUCGAGUCGGAAACUCUUUGGCUUUGAAAGAGGUUUUUAACAGGGUUGGGGUUUUUUUCUGUUUCUUUAAGGCUCAAUGAGUUCCCAAAGCACAUCAGUGGAGAAGGAUGUGAGUUCAAAUACAAGAGUGACAUCUUCCAGUGUGUGAAUUUCUUCCUUUCUUGACAUUAUUUCUUCAACAUGAUGUUAACAUUCAGGAUUUUCCUCUCCUCUCUCUUAGCCAAGUCUGCGUCAGUACGGGCCCUGCUGUUUGACAUAUCUUUCCUUAUGCUCUGCCAUGUGGUGCAGACAUAUGGAUCUGAGGUUAGUUCAUUUUGAGCUGGAGCUGUCAGAAAAUCUAAUGUCGGUAACUGCAGGGUUACAGGUUCUGUGUGUUUUUCAUCAGCCUGCUCUUUCAGUGUUAGGCCACCAGAUGUCCAGAGAGGACUGUGCUGUAGUGAGCCUACACUUACUGCAGUAUCUCUCUAAAGAGUAUUGCACUUGUAACACAUGCCUGCUAUGUCCUUUCUUCCCAGGUGAUCCUGUCAGACCCCAGCCCUUCAGGAGAGACCCCCUUCUUUGAAACAUGGCUGCAGACUUGUAUGCCUGAGGAGGGUAAGACUCUGAACCCUGACCACCCCUGCUUCAGACCAGAGCCUGGCAAGGUGGAGAGCCUGGUCACCCUGUUGAACAACUCCUCUGAGAUGAAACUGGUGUAAGUUUUAUGCUUAGAGAUUAAGCUGAUGAAGACGGCUAGUUGUGUGUGCUUUGAGAUUUUAUCCUCAAUUAUGUAUAAUACUGCACUUAAGAGUUUUUUCAUAAUUCCAAAAUCGAUCAUUCUUGUUCAGUGUUGAAAUGUAUUUAUAAACAUGAACUAGUUUCACUUAACUGUGCUGUAGAUGUAAGAAUUUAUAAUUGUCACUCCACCUUUGGCUAAACCUGCAUAUCCCAUCACUCCUCAGCCAUCUUGUCCAAUAAUGAAAGAUGUUGAAAACAUGAAGCCCUUUCUCAGCUGUACACAUCUACUCCUCAAAUGAAUGCCCACAAUAUACUACUAUUACCCAAGACCUCUUAUUUUUGAUUCAAGCAAAAAAAAAAAAUACAUUUGUUGUUCAGUUGUUGUUGUAGCAGCUACAAAUUCGGGAAAUUCCUGGCACUACAUGUACCACACACACUAUUCAAAUCACUGAAUAUUUUAAAUGUCAGCAGUUUACAGACAGUAUUAGUAACGGUUGAAAACAAACAAAACAUAGACAGUAACUUUACUGUCUAGUUUAUUAUAAUGGUACAAAUAAACUUUGGAAAUUGGAAAGUUUAAACAAAACUGGUAAUUUAACAACAUCAGCGAUAGAUAGAUAGAUAGAUAGAUAGAUAGAUAGAUAGAUAGAUGGCAAACAAAGAUAAAGCAAUGUGACACAAAAUCAAGCUUACAUUAGAUACUCUCUGAGCAUCGUUUUAUCAAUCUGUACAAUGUUGUUGUUCGUAUUUUAAAAGAAGAACUCCACAUGUUGCAGUAUAACUUUUAAGAUUUCAUUGUCUAGUUUGUUGUCAGUUACCAGACUACUUUACAAUUCAUUCAUUCCUUUGAAUCAAAUUUAUUUAAAUCCUCACUUAUUAGUCUUGAUGCCCUAAUUAUGGAAUUCCUUUUUUAUUUAAGUCAAGUGAAAUGGCACGAAAUCUGCCUCAGUACCCCAGCGGCCAUCUUGGAAGUCCUGAACGCUUGGGAGAACGGAGUUCUUUCCGUGGAGGCAGUACAGGUGAGACAAACCUUUGGGUUCUUAGAAAUUUGUGGGGUUAUGACCUUUUAGCACAGGAAGGAAAUUCAGUUAUAUUUUUGAGGUAAAACUUUCCCAAAUGAUUCUCAGGUAAAACCACAAACAUCCAAAACAUGUCUUAACAUGUCUUAAAAGUUGUCGUUUUUUCUUUUUUUUUUCACACUUGUGGCUUAACUUGUUGCCAAACACAUCAUGACAAACUCUGAGGAAACUGACGUACAAAACUAUGUGAAAAACAUUAAUGCUCAGUGACGUAACAAACUCAUGUAGAUGUUGCUGACGACUUAUUUUCCCUUUUCCAAGCAAGUGCUCUUAGCACGCAAAGUGGAAUGAUGCUGUUUUAGUCACUCUCCCCUCUCUCUUUGACCUAACAGAUAGCCUUACCACAUCCUUCCUUCCUUCCUCUUUCCUUGCCACUGCCACUCACUUCACCCUCUCCCCCUCUCUCUCUCUUUCUCUCUCUGUGAGUUCAGAAAAUCACAGACAACAUCAAGGGGAAGGUGUGCAGCAUGGCUAUCUGCGCAGUGGCCUGGCUGGUGGCCCACGUCAGAAUGCUGGGAAGGGACGAGAGGGAGAAGCCGCAAACUAUGAUCCGACAGCUGGUUACCCCGCUGUAUGGAGAGAACACACUGCAGUUUUACAACGAACGGUACAAGCAACUGAGACACCACAACCUCAGAGGGGGGCAACUGAUUUUUUUAGCAUGUUGGCUUUUUAUUGGUCAGUGAAUAAAAAAACCACAGUAGUGUAAGGUAUUGGUUAUUAUUUUUAAAAAACACUGAAGUGACAUAUUCUCUGAGACUUAAUUCUACACCCACUAAUUAGACCUGGAUCAAAAGUUUUCUUAGAGGAUUUUCUUAUAAAGAAAUACUGUACAUUAAAUGUAGUUUUAAUAUGAAUUUGCUAGUAUUUCAUUAUAAUGAAAAAAAAAAAACAUUUUAUCUGAUGAGGCUCAUCUUAAUCCACCAUUUUUCAGCAUUUAGCAAGUUACAGUGGUAGGGAUACACCUCCUUUUAACAGGUAGUAGCCUUGAACAAAGCCAGAUCCAUGUUAGAUAGCCGUCUGCUGCAACUUUGUUAGGUUUGGAAAGAGGAAGGAAAGAUGGACAGGGCAAAAAUGACGACAACAAUAGUGUUAUGCAGAGUCAUGCUUAUAGUACCAUUUUUCAUGAUGAGAGUAAAAGUACUGUUUCCAAGAACCGCAACUUAAUUGGCUGAAAUUAAUUCAGUUUGUACCAUUUAAAGCCACCGAAUAUAAUACUGAAAAGACAGACUUCCAACAAGAAUUUGAGGGAAUCGAUUUUUCUUUUCUUAUUAUAUUUAAUUCAAUCUUUUAAGGUUGGGUAGGCAGGAUCUGAGAAAGCGACAGUUUUUAAGAGAAAUCUUAAAUGUAAACACGACCCAACCAGUUUUCUCCUCAGCUCCUCCUCUCCCCUCCAUCUCUGCUCCAGCAAGCCCCGCCCACAAACAGACGCUCCUGCUCGGUUGCAUCAUUUUAAUUAAAUUCAGAUAUAAUGCAGAUAAAUACCUCAAAUAAUUACAUAUGGAGCCCAGUCAACGUGAAAGUAAAACGCGUUGGUGCUACUUUAGAUGCCAACAGACUACCAGCAAACACAAUGUUUGCAGGACUUCUACAACUAGGAUAAAGUGACAUAUUCCAGGACCUGAGGUAAACAGUUUAGUGGCGCUACAACAUGCAGCAGGUCCCGUUUGACAAGAAACACUUCUGUUACAGACACUAAGCUUACUUUGUUAAAGCGGUUUACCCGUCCAGCAGAAAGGUUACAGGGUCCGUAAGAUCCCGAAACAUCACCCAUCGUUUACGUUUCAUUGUUGUCGACCCGGCUUCUUAGCUCUUGUCUGGUCUACCUCCUGUAAUGUUGACUACACAGGCAUAAGAGAACACAGCGAUAUUGUGAUAUUCCCAAAUGUCAUCAAUAACUAAUAGCUAUUGACUGAUAUUAAGAGCUUUUUUGUACACCACAAAAAAAGAUGCUUAUUUAACAGAAUCCUGCCUACCCAACCUUUAAGUGCUUCACUGAGAGUUACAAACAGCCAGUAUGAUCCUAUAGGCAAACGCAGAAGCAACUAGUACAUGUUUCAUGCUUAUACAUUUAAAUCUAUGCAAAUAUUGUUCCUUGAAAUACAACAUAUUUUUUUCUUUCUGAGAAACUUGAGUAUGUCGAACAGGCCUUAGGUGUCAUCAUGCACAUUUCUGGCACUUAAAUUGAAUCAGAUCAUAAUAAUGGUGGCAGAGUUUAAAAAAAAACAUAUUGUUGUCAAAAAAAUGUGACCUGCUGUAACUGUGCGUACUUUAAACCUUACCAUAUGUUUAGAUACAGGUCAAUGUUCAGUUCAACUAGUCUCCACUAAAUCACAGCAACACUAACUAAGUCUAUUUUCCCAUUCAGUGUCAUCAUCAUGAGCUCCAUCAUGGAGCACAUGUGUGCCGAUGUCUUCCAACAAACAGCCGCGACUCUUCGUCCCCCAAUGGAAGGCCAGGAGCCGAUCCCAUACCGCAACCUGCUGCCGGCCAAAGAUCCCAUUCAUGUGGCUCUCAGCAAGCAGUUCCAGACAGUGCUGCGGAAAGGCUGGGUGGACAGCAGGGCGCUACAUCUGUUCGAGAGUCUUCUCAAUAUGGGAGGGGUCUUCUGGUUCACUAAAAAUCUGGUCAAGGUAAGAAGACCAGUAAUAUCUGCUGCACCUUCAGCUAAGAGAAAUAAGAUUCUUAGAAGAAGUAGACUCUUGUCAGAAUUAUACAUUGAGAUAUUAAUUAUAUCACUACUUCUUGUAAAAACUUUAUUCUCACUCAUAAAAAUUGCAAUUACAGCUACCGUGAGAAGUUCUGCAGGGGUUAUGAAACUGGCUGAUAUGGGAACAGAUGCUACUUUGUCAUCUGCAAACGCAAACCAGGCCACAAGCAACAACUCAGCAUUUCUGUCGAGUCAUUUUUAGUGUCUGUAACCAGUGCAGGGGUGGAAGGUGUCAAAUAAAGUAGUGAAUGGCUAUAGCAGCCUUAGUUUACAUUCUUCACCACAAAUAUAGGUGGGAUGUGUUUGACUUUUAAAUUACGUGUGAUGACCUUUUUGGUACACUUUAUCGGAAUCCCACUCCUCGAAUGCAUCAUUAGCAUGUUUAUGAAGACUCAUGAAUGCAUCAACGGGCUUUAUAACAAUCCUUAUGAGUGAUUUUAAGCACUCACAACAUUUAUAGAGUACUGUAAGCAAUGAUCACAAUGCCUUCUAAAGAUAUGUUUCAAAAUGCAUUAAAUAGCUUUUUUAUAAACUAUAGAUGCAUUUAUAAGGCUUGAAAAAUGUGCUAAUAAUGCAUAACAAGACGUGGGUCUAUGUAAAGUGUUAACAUUUCCAAAGAGGUCACCAAAAUCACUUAACAGGAGCUGAAAAAGUACUAACAUUUACAUUGUUUUUCGCAAAAAGUUCUUUCAAGAUAUCUCAAACUUUUGGUCCUAUUCAGAAGCCCUGAACAGACAUAUGCUCAAACAUUUUUAUUAUAUCUAAAACUUAGCAAGGACCCUUUUGUAGAUUAGAGGAAAACCCAGUAUUUUGCAACCAAAGGCUCCCUAAACAUGAAGACGUUGUCUGCGUCUUGUUUCAGGAGCUGCUUAAGGAGACUCGGCAGGAGUGGGCCAAUCGGGCCGUGGAGUUACUCUACAGUAUCUUCUGCCUGGACACUCAGCAGAUCACACUCACCCUGCUGGGAACCAUCCUUCCUGAACUGCUUACUGACUCUGCCCACUGGCAAAGCUUAGCAGAUCCCCCAGGAAAGGCACUGGCUAAGUAAGAGACGCUUAAUUCAAAUGAUUUUGAGUGUUGUUUUGUUAUUUUAGGUGGUUAACUGUGCUCUCUUGACGACUCCUUAGGUUGUCUGUGUGGUGCGCGCUCAGCUCUUACUCUUCUCACCACAAAGGCUCAUUCUCAGCUCGCCAGCGCAAAAGACAGAGAGAAGACAUUGAGGUACAAAACAACAAAAACCACGUGCUUCAUUUGCGUCAUUAGGGCUGAGUUUUCAUGUUGUCGAAACACUUUUGUUUCCCAGGAACUGAUAUGAUCAGAUCUGUGGAAACAAUGAUUUAAUGCCUUAUAAUCUACUUGAAAUGAGCCAAGUAAUAAUAACUCAUGUAUUUUUGACCACAGGACUACAACAGCCUCUUUCCUCUGGAUGACACUCAGCCAUCUAAACUCAUGCGCCUGCUCAGUUCCAACGAGGACGAGCCUGUAGCCCUAUCCAGUCCAGGUCAGUCUAUUAAUGUCUGGGCUUCAACGCAGGGUUUAAUGAUGAACCCUGUGGCCUCCCAGUCAGUCUGAGCUGAGGAUUAUGCAAAUACCAGAUGGUUUUAAAAAGCAAAUACACUCCGUUCUUGUAGGCUGUUGCAGAGACAGAGGCUUACAUGUGAUUGUUUUUACUGUCAACAGGCUCAUACUUGAGCACUGCAGUCUCAUGUGAGAAUUUUUUAUUCCAACAGUACACGAUGAAAACACAGGAAGGUGUUGAUUUCUAGUCACGAAGGUAUUAUAUCUUAGUUCAAAAACACUUAUUUUGUCUCACUUUGAAUCUGUCUGAUUCAAUCAGCAUUCAGACACAACUGCCCUGAGAAUUUCAGUUGAUUACAGCUCACUUGUGGGUGUCAGUGACCUAAGUGUUGCAUGACUUCAGGGAAAAAAGUGCCAACCUCUGUUCAGAUGGAAACUAGCAAGGGUUGUCUUUCCUUCAAAUUUAAAUUAGCACCUCCCAUUCUUCUAAGAGGAAAGUAAUUUAGAAACUGGUCAUCUUUAUCAAAAAUUUCCAGGCCCUUGAAGCUAUUUUUACCCUCUGCCAAAAGUUUAAUAAAGCUACCAGAAGAAAGUAAACAAGAACUUUGAUUUGCUGUCAAGAUAAAAUAAAUGGACUUAUUUGUGAGUGAGAAAGCUCUGUCAAAACCAGUCAUUUCAUUUUCUUUGUUACAAGAGUAUUUUAGGAACAGAGAGAGAUUGUGAAAGAAGACAGCGGAAGGAUGUCUUCAAGACUUUCAGAGUCUUGAGUCAGGACUUCAUUCAUUCAAACCACCACAUAGACAUUUGGGGGAUAGUUUUAACUUCCUCAUUAAUGUAGCAUGUUACACUUUUUUCCCUCAUAUGUUGAAAUGAAAACAAACUUCAUGUGUCAUAUGUGAUGUCAACAGGAGAUAGAUCUAUGAGCAGUUCUCUCUCUGCGUCCCAGCUCCACACUGUCAACAUGAGGGACCCUCUCAACAGAGUCCUAGGUGAGAAAAAUGAACCAACAUGCAUCAACUCUUUCAUAAACUAGAUAUACUCUUUAACACUAGGCUCCAUACUAGGCAUCAAAGGUGACGUAUUGGAUGUUUCUGAUCGGUAUCAGUACCAGUAGAGUACACCACAUACUGCUGUAAUACAAAUAUAACUGUAUGGCAUUUCUACUUAAAGAACUGUAAACCGUUUUACCAGGGUUAGGGUAAUAUUGAGGUAAUAUUUAAGGGGUAAUGUUUUAAUUCGAGUUGUCUUGUCAAGGUAGUGAGUUCACAUCAGAUGGUCAAAGCUGCUCUUUACAGUAUUGCAAAAGCACUUUUUAAAGGUUUUUCAGCCACCAAAGCAAACCAGAUCCUCAGUAUUAAGACUGAUUGUUUCUAUGUAGUUAUUUUAAAUGUCUAACACUAAUGGACGCAGGUAAUUUUUUCAGUCAUGUGUGGCCCAGGACCUUAGUGACCGUACAAGGAAUGUGAAAAGUAGAACCACCCCCUCCACAAAUAGUGUUUUACUGGAAAUUGACAUGAAGAUGAGAUAGAGAAUAAUACUGGAAAUUUUUCCAGACCUUUUGUUCUUUGAAUCUGUUUGAUGACCCAUAGAUAAAGUAGAAAUAUGAGUAAGACUUUGAUGGUCUAUGUGAUGGGAAAAAAAGUCUUUGUCGUGAUAAUGAUUAAGCAAGUACUCAAAGUGAAAAUACCUUAUAUGAUUUUGUCCUUAGCUUUCCUUCCUUCCUGCAUGAAUAACUUCUUUUUAUUGAUGCAUCUUUUUAAGGUGUUUUUUUUCCUGUGAUUGUUUGGGUCGCAUUUUGGAUUGUUGUUUACCCUGUAGGGCUGCCUUAUAAUGGGAAGGUGACAUGUUUUUAUUGGAAGUAGUGGGAGUUUUAGUCUGUACCUCAUUUUGAUGUUAUUUGUGAGCUUGCAGAGUCCACUCUUGCACAGCUGUUGUUGCACAACUAUAAUCAAACUCACUUUCAGUGAGUUGUGUUGACCCAGGGAAUAAUUUGCCAACCUUUCAAACAUGAGAAUCUGUUAACAUUUAACCAUACCUACAAACUCACCAUUACAUCUCCUGCCACCUGUCCUCCUCCUCCUCCUCCCUUUCCUCUUCCUCCUCCCUUUCCUCAGCCAACCUCUUCCUCCUCAUUUCCUCCAUUGUGGGCUCAAAGAUGGCUGGACCUCAUACCCAGUUCGUACAGAGCUUUAUGGAGGAGUGUGUUGAGUGCCUGGAGCAGGGGAGCCGUGGAAGCAUCUUGCAGUUCAUGCCCUUUACGAUGGUGAGUCACGAGCUGGGAGGGGAGGGGAGGCCAGACAGGUGAAGAUAAGGAGGGAGAGAAUGAGCUGUUGCAUCAGACAUUAUCGGGAUGUGCUAGUCCAGCUGGAAAAGUUUUAAAUCUGAGGGAGACAGUCCAAGGGUCAAGGGUUUUGUGGUUGUAAAAAGUCAUUUUACAACGGUGAGACUGUUCAGUACUUGACAGAAAACACGUGUUCUUCUGUUGAAGUCACUCAAAGUUUAAAAUGACAUAAAACCUUUAACUUUACUCUUAAAUAGUGAUGAUAAAAUGGAAAACACAGAUUGAGGAGUAAAAUCUGCAUCUGUUUUAGUAGCAGAGAAUGAGUUGACAAAUAGUCCAAACUUGCCCCCUCAAUCAAUGUGACAAGAUUACAUCAAGCUUUAAGGAGCAUGAAACCUCCAACUAUUCAACAGCACACACACUCUACAUCUGAAAAAUAAUCCUUAUCUGUCUUUUCCUACAUUCAGGUUUCAGAGCUGGUGAAGCUGCCUGCUCUAGCCAGACCCAAAGUGGUCCUGGCCAUCACUGACCUGUCCCUGCCGCUGGGGAGGAGAGUUGCUGCCAAAGCCAUCUCCGCUUUAUAACUGUGGGUUUAAUAUUACUCCCUUUUGGCCCAGUUUUGACAGAACAGAAUUUGAAGGAAACACUUUGUAUUUUUUCUUACAGUGCUAGUACCCCUGAAAGUGGCUGAACUAUGUAAAGAAUGGAGACGUCAAUCCUGUAUUGGAUAUGUCUUUAAUCAUGUCCCUGUAAACACUGUUUAACUGUUUUUUAUGUUCUUUUUCACACUUAAAAUAAAUGUGUAAAUACUUUUUAAAGAAAAGAAAUAAACUGCCACCUUUUCAUUCUAAUCAA